AUUUGAUUUGUUUGUUUACUGAUUCCUCGUUUUCUUUGACUCCUCACCAAAUAUUGCUUUGCUUCAUUUGGUGAACGUUCAUCGACGAAACAACACCCCGAGAAGUAUAUAAUAUGCGCGGCGCGGCGAUUCCGCAAUCAUUGACCGCGCUUCAGCCUUUGGCUACCGUCUCCAGAACCGGCCUGUCGCACUCGAGACAGGCACUCAACGGCAUCGUCCACGGCAGUGCCCGCCAUGCUAGCACCGUCGAGCACUCGUCUGUGCUACCUCCCGAACUAAUCGAGCCGGGUGUGAUAUUGAGAGGUUACUCUGGAAAGGAGUACACGAUUCAAAAUGUGCUGCAGGACAGACAGAACCGCCAGGUGUAUCUGGCAAGGGCCAAUGAGAAGAUGUUUGUAUUGAAAAGCCUCUUCGAGAAGGACUACAAUUACUCGUUGCCCCUACAGCUGAGGUUCAACCAAUCUCCGUAUCUGAGGGCCCUGAGGGACACUGUCCCUGAGCAGAACAUGUUCGUCAAUGAGUACUUAACAGACCAUCUUCUCAACUUCGCUUUCAAAAAUAUUUCUUUGGCGACGCACAAGCGCAUUCUCAGAGAUACGUUGCGAGGGCUGGCUACCUUGCAUGCUCAGAACAUUGCUCAUUUGGAUGUCAAGGCGAACAACAUCAUGGUUGACUACCGGGAGACACCGGAGGGCAUUGUUGUAGACCGGGUUCAAUUGUCAGACCUGGAAGACUCUACCCACAUCCCCCCGGGACAGGCGCUUAACGGUCUUCAAGUUGGCAACGAGCUAUGGCGGAGCCCUGAGGCGCACGUUCAAGGUGCAGUAGGCAAGCCAUCGGACAUCUUCUCCCUGGCGAUAGUUUUCAUCUUCCUCCGCCUACGCAGCGUCAUUUUCCUUGCUGAUGGCGAGCGCAAGCUUGACCCUACUACGGACAUCUUGACGCGGCAAAUCUCAUAUUUCGCAAACUGGAAUGACUUCGACGGAUUCAUGAAGUACCUCGGACGACAACACCCUUGGACAUCUACUUUGUCAAGGAUAGCAGAUUCAUUCGACGAAAAAAAUCCGCGUCGUCCUUUCGCUCUCUGGAAGAGCGACCUUCUUGACGCCGAUUUCAAGGACCUCAUCAGCAAGAUGACGAACUUCGACCCGCGGAAGAGGAUUACAGCCGAGGAGGCUCUCAAUCACCCGUGGUUCGCGGACGCCGCUGAUGAGUGAUAGAGCAAUAUUUCAAUUUUGGAAGAUAUCCAAACGGAACGAGGACAACAGGAUCGAUCAUCUGCCUUUUUCUCUACUUUGUGGGAGUUUUUAUCUUUUUUUACAGGAGCAUCGGCGUUAUCUAGACAUUUGGGCAACAUAGACAUGGGUUCAACAUCAGAAAGAUGUUUCAUAGAGGGAAAAAAGAGAAGGACAUUAGAGAGCCUCAUCGGAUGCCUGGCUAGGCAAUGGGGAAACUGGACUGGACCGGACCAGAUACCAGAUCGGAUUGGGAACUUGAUACCUAGACUCUAGACUUAGACCGCAUAGACGCGCAUGCUAU